UGGAUUUCAGUACAAUUUUCGACAGAUAACAACUAGUUUUUCAGCUGGAAGAUGUUAACAGAUAGUGGUUUGCGAUAUGCUGCUGUUCUGGUGUUCCUGGUUUAAGUACAGGUUCAUUAAACUUGAUUUGGUCACAGUAGGAAAAUUUUGCUUUCAACUUAGUCGUGUACUUGGUAGCGUAGUUGAUUGUGUCAUGUUAACCCAGUGCGCGCAUGGCGCUUAAACCAUGCCUUGCGUGAUGUGCAGAACGUGUGCGCACUAGCAAAAGUAGGCACCAUCCUUAAUUAGGCAAUCAAAUUUGUUAGAACAUUUAGUAAGCACGUGAAAUUGUUCUGACGGAGGUACAUUUGAAUUAUGUUUGCUCAAAUAAUGUUUACAAAUUGACGAUGAUUUUUGUUUGUGUCCAUCAACGCAUUCGUGGAGUUGGCCGCAAGUAUAACCAACACAUCCUACAUCACACAGGACCACUUCAAAUCAAGACCACAAUUCAACCCGUGUUCAUCAGCAGAAAACUCAAUGAAGACCUUAAAGUUCGAGAAGUCAAGCCAGCCACUGUUAACCAACAAUGCCUACCAGUAGUUUAUAAAUUUCAAUGUAACCUGUGUGAUGCAGGGUAUAUUGGUUACACUCGUGGCCACCUCCACGAAUGCGUUGAUGGACACAAACAAAAAUCGUCGUCAACUUGUAAACAUUAUUUGAGCGAACAUAACUCGAACUUACCUCUUUGUCUUUCAGAACAAUUUCACGUGUUUACUAAAUGGUCUAACAAAUUUGAUUGCCUAAUUAAGGAGAUGCUUUUUAUAAAAAAACGUAAACCAUCCCUAAACAUGCAAACGGACUCAAUUCGGGCAAAGGUAUUCACUUGAAGAACUUGUGAUCCUUUGUUGUUAUGCUAUUUUUUAGAGACUAUAGAACUCAAAUCUUUGCAUUAUUUAUUCACUUUGCCUUGAGAAUGGUUGUCACAAUGAUGCCAAAACGUUGGCUUUUAACGUUAAUAUACGCCUGCUAAUGUUUUAGGGAAUUGUUAUUGAUCAAGAAUUUGUCGUUAGGGCAAGUAUUUCCAGAUUUCACUUGCCCUUUAAAAUCUUUUGCAAAACCUUCUCAAAAUACUUCCUCAUUUCACCACGAAACGUAUGUACAGAAAGAUUUCACAGGUGCCAAUUGCUGUGGUACAUUCACAUAAAAUUGCUAGAAGGGGAGCAGUUGAAAUUGAGCCUGGAAAGAGAUGUAGUUUUAUUAUUUUUUGAGAAGUGAAGAAUUUACAUGAAAUGACAUCGUUGAUAUAAUGAAGAAUGCAAUUCUAUUAUAGAUUCUUGCUAACAUGAGUAAAGAGGGAAUCAGCUGUCUGUCUGAUGCACAUGAGUAUUUCAACAUGUGUUAUGUCGCUGGGCUUCUCCCAAGGAAUUUUGACCUUUCCAAACCACAGGACAGAUCUUUUCACUAUGAGGCUCUACUUUCCAUUGCCUUGGAGCAUGGCUUGGUGACUUUCAUCACAUUAUGCAUUAAAAAACUGGGAACUGGAAAUGUGACUCAUGCUGGCUGCAGUUUGAAGUUGAUUCUUGAUUGGGCUUGGGAUCGCGUUGUGGAUAUUAAAGACCAACUUGAUCAACUGUGUGUUCCACUGUUUGAUGGCGGAGGUGGCACUCCUGAUGAGCAGAUGCUAUUAUUGUUAGACAAUNGUUUUGUCAGGAAUUCUUGGUAA